AUGGAGGAAAACUCCGCUUGUGAUCGUCCUGCAUGUGAGAACGCUUCAGAAGCUGAGAAAGAAGCAGCCGAAAUUGCCUUAGAUAUCCAAGAAGAUGAGCGCCGCAACCUCUUCAGAAAUGAAGCCAGCGAGGCUGUCCUAGGAUCGAAAUCGCCCGACGUGGGCAACCCGUAUCAAUGGGACCUGAGGUACAUCGAGAAGUUGGGUCGACAUCUCGGUCGACAUAGGCUAUCAGUACAGCAACCAGAACUGGCUGCUCUUCGUCUUUUCUUCCCCCUCGCUGUGGCUUCACAACACCCUUACACUAGUACGACAUCGAGAAAAAACAACAAUGGCGGUAACCUCGAAGAGCCAAGGUACGAAUGGGAGAUAUUAGGCGAACUAAACGGAGUUCCUGUGUCAGCUUUCCCGGACUGCGGCUCGGAUCUCGACAUAUUGUCGGCCAACUUCGUCGCUGAACACGGUCUGCUCAUUAACAAGGCUACCAGACAUUCAAUCAAGCUACCCAACGGGAAGAUCAUCCGGUCUAUUGGGACGGUCUCCUCGCCGUUCGCAUUCAAGGAUGAGAAAACGACUUAUGACCGCGACUUUCACGUGCUCCCUCGCUCCAUUCAUGACAUCGUUCUGGGUCGCUCCUUUCUGAAAGCCACUCAGACUCUCACCAAAUUUAUGCACCGCCUUAAAAAGAAAGUGGUCGCAUGUUCCGGUUUAUGGAAACGCCUACGAUUGACUGGUUCUCCGCGACAACGGGUGGGCGGGUACCUCCAUGGCCAGUGGAUCGGCGCUUGUCCUGAUACGGGCUCGGACGUUAUGGUCAUGUCCAGAAGCUAUGCGAAGCAACGCGAAUUUCAUGUCGAAAGACAUACUACUUGCUUGGAGUUCCUGGACGGCUCCUUCGCCUACACCGAUGGUGUGGUGCGUGGUGUCACGUGGAGCUGGGACGGAGAAGAUCAGUCUUUUGAAUGUGACUUCCAUGUCUUGGACAAUCUUCCUUGUCCUGUUGUCUUGAGUAGCGACUUUCUGUUUACUCAGAAUGCCUUCUCCGCUUACGAAGAGUCCUUCUACGACGAGCUUGAGCCGGAAGAUCUGGAACUCUUCCCGAACGGUUGGGCAGAGCUCUGCUUCAUACGCGAGGCACGAAAGGAACACCGAUCCCCUUUGCAAGUCCUCCGUGGCGUCUUCCAGAAUCGCAGGCCCCAGGUCCAGCCUCUACAGGGCAACAGAGCUGAGGAGUGGGAGGACGAACUUCAUCGCCAAAGUGAAGAGGAAGACCGCAUUGUGCAGUUGCCUGCACCUGAGCGAGUAGCCGCUUGGGCAGAAGAGCGCCGUGGAAGAGAUCAAUGGCUGCGUGAUCAUCCGCCGCUGGCUUACACCGGAGGUCAUGCCGUUAACCCAGCUGUCCAACAGCAAAUACAAGGCAAUAACCCACGGCCGUAG